ACCUACUUCCUACUUUCAGUUUCGUUUUAUUUUUAGAAACAAAAUAUGAAAGGGUUUUUAGUGGUUGAUAGGUUGAAUGACAUACAUUUUAUUGAAACAGACAAAGAAUUUGCAAGGCACAUAAAUGAACAAGCUAAAGAAUUGGGUCUUAUAACAGAUGAUGACGCUGAUAUAUACACAGUUGAUCCGAAUAUUGUAAUGCAACAGUUUUCACCUUUAUUUAUGUCACAGUGGUUUAUGAUAGAUCAUGCCAAGAAUCCGUGUUCAUCAAUUAUAUGUGAAAAUGAUUUUCUUUUUGUAUUCAGAAAUUUUGAAGACUAUCUCAUUGUUGCUAUAAAUGGAGAUAACUCCGAGUCUGAAGAUUUUCUGACUAGAAAGACGUUGGUUUUCAUUCGGCUGAUUGGUUUUACAAUGGGUCCUGUUAGUGAAGAGAUUGGGAAGCCUCAGUUUACAAGUAAAAUGGAAAGGUGGAGUUUUCUACGACAUCUACUGUCCACAUGGACUUACCUGGCAAAGCAUGAGCAAUCCUUUCUUGUUGAGGCUGUGGAAAAAUUACAUAUGAACCAGGUUGUGAGCGAGCAGUGUGUUGAAAUUCUCCAGGCUGCAGUGAAUAAAUUCCAGGAGGCAGGAGAAAAAUAUACCCAGCAUGCAUUACUUCUUGUCAACAGCAAGCUGCUGUCUCUCUAUUCUAACCGCAAUGCUCCGGAACUGCAGUCGUCGGACAUUUUGUGUAUCAUACUACUGGUUCGAUGUCUGUUCCCAACAUAUGAUAAACUUGAAGACCUGUUUGCUCAGUCGUAUAGAGAUACUAGUAAAGGACCAUUAAGGUACGAGGCUCGUUCACCGGCCACAGUGCCAGUAAGGCAGCUACAGAGAGAAAGAUACGAGAGUGCCGUAGAGGGUUUCACUACUGGAGAUGAAACAGAAAAUGAUGAAUAUUUCAGUGCAAGAGAAAACAAAUAUCAAGAUGACAAUAGCUCGUCUCCACUAGAGGGAAUAUCACCGGUCGACCGUUCUUCUGAUUCCAAUGGAGGUAAAACACCAUACCCUGAGGUGUCGGAGAAUUAUGUUACACCUACAACAUCACCUACAACCUUACAUGCCAUGAACAUUACAACCCAGAAAUCACAAGAUUUGAAGAAGACCCUAGACCUGUUUAAGUCGGUAAACAGUAUUAAAGGGGAACGUUCAGUAAGGUCAAGAAGUCAUACCCUGGGUGAGGUGGAAGAACAAUUAGGAAAAAAGGCAACCCAGAUGACAGCUGGGAGAGGUCGGAGCUCAAGUCUAUGUGAUGAUUUAAGAAAAGAAAGUCACUUGUGCAGUGAAAGAAGUUCAUCUGAUGUACGGUUGAAUAAAGAGGAGCUUGAAGAAGAUGGCUUGUUUCCGGACACAGAAGAGGACAGGGACUGUGUUAAACAGGCAGUGUUCUUAUCAACAUCAAUCUGUAAAUUCUCCCCAUAUCAGAUACACUGUCGUAGAAUAUUUCCUGGAAUUAUCCUUGUUGUAUUGACUGAGAUGCCCAAGCUGUCACAGGCCCCAAGACUUGUUCAGCUUUUACAGUUACUGAAGGACCUGAUUAAUGGACACAAGGAUACAAUUGGCCGUAUACAAGGGCAGAUAAUCUAUGAUGCUAUUAACUCUCAACUUUCCAAGGUUCUCUUUUCACUACGUAAAGCUAAGAAUCCACUAGACAAGAUAUGUACAGAGAUAAGAAAGAAAUGGGAAAGUGAUGAUGUGCAUGGAGGAAUAUUAGCUUACCUAGAGCAGAAUUCAAGAGCAGAAAUAUCCCAAAGUUUGGAAAGAUCAUUGAAGUACCUUUAUAAUAGACUAACAGAGGUUUUCCUAUUUCUCUACCUGUCACCACGACCUUUGACCCCACAAAUUACUACUGCCUUGACCUCAGCAACAGAGCUAUUUAUCAGACACUUGGGUGAUUAUAAGAACUACCUUAUAGUGAAAGCUCAGAGAAACUUCACUAUGACAACAUAUAUAGAGGAUUUCCCAGGGCUUGUACAUUUCAUCUAUGUUAACAGACGGACCAAUCAGAUCAUGGCCCCAUCUCUUAAUAUAACUCAGGAAGAUGUCCACACGCCCCAUGAUGCAACACAACUCCUCAAAGAAAAGAUCUGGAGUAUGACCAGUUGGAUACAGAAAAAGUUACACGAGGGUCAUGUGACCAUUACGGCUCGAGAAGGAGAUUAUCAUUUCUCCUAUUUCCUCUGGUUUGAAAAUUCCUCAGGUGUACCAGAGGUGAUUCAGAAACCAUACAGGGCAGAUUGUACAGCUCCACCCCCUGGCAUUCUCACUGGUAAUUUCUACAAAUACCUUACCCACAAGUGCUUCCCAAAUACUGUGAUAAACAACAUUCACUGUAUAGAACUAUUCAUGAUGCAUGUAGGCUUGGCAAAUGCACAGUUUAUUGCCAAUCACUGUAGAGAACUUGCUGCAAGACUUUACGAAACUUCUGGAGAAAUGGUCGGCAACAUUGGACUGUUUGGCACCUGAGAAUAUUUCUUAACAUAAUUCUGAUUUUCAAAAUAAGUUUUACAAUGCAUGUAAUACAAUGGCCAGUAUUGAGAAUAAGAAAGUAAUUCCUAAUAUUCUGAAAUACUUCGAGGCUUGGAUAAAUAAGGUGUCCAUACAGGAAUACAGUUGCCUUUACUUAUGUUGUACAUUGUCCAUGCUGUGAUAAGACUGAUUACAAUCUUUUUCUUCUUUUUUUUAAGUUUAAUUUUUUUUUAGUUUUAAGUACAUGUACAAAACUUUAAAUCUUGCUUCUUGUUUAUGUCUAUGUAUAUUGAUGUAUAUUAUGGGUAUUGAUGUAUAUUUAUGUUUAUUAUGUGUAUUUAUAUGUAUUUUAGUGUAUUAAUAUAUAUUUCAUCCAAAAAUUUAGUUACCUAUCAUGUUUGUAAAUAUGUAACUGUGGGAGCAAAAUUAAUGAAGUGGGGACAUAAGUUUUCUAUGGUCACACUAACUUCAAGUUUUCUGAAAAAACACAGUCAUAUAUCAUUUAUGCAAUAACAAUGUCUUCGUACAGUUAUAGAAAUAUAGGAUCUCACAUAAGUUGCCAUAAAUAUUAUAUAAAAUGUUACUAAACUUUUAAACAAAGUGUUGCAUUGAAAACAAGCAAUGUCAUGUGGCAAAAAAUUAUGUGAUAUUCCCAUUGAGUUGUGCAAUGUAUGGUCAUGGACGUAUACUUGUAUAACAGUAUAAUGUAUCAAAAUUUUUGAUAAUGUUGUAUUCAGUCAUUUGCUAAUUUUAAUUUAUCUUUAUAUGUUAUGAUUAAUGUGAUUUUGUCUUCUGCUCUUCAAUUAUACAGUGUACAUAUGUGCAGAGACAUAGAUAACAGAGAUAAGCAGCUCCUAUAUACUCCAUUGAAAUAUCACUCAUGCCUAUCAAAAAGUGAAAAAUUAGGCAUUUUGUAGCAAAUAAAACUUAAUGGAUGUACAUUUGAUCCUUUAAUAUUAUAUAGCAUUUCAAAGGUAAAUCUUUUAUCUAUUGCUGCAUGUUAAAAUAUUGGUAACUUUCCAUACCUUUCACUUAGAAAAAUAUAGCAGAACUGAGCCAGUUUUUUGGUCAUAUGAAUAGUUUUGUAACAAAAAUUAUUCAGUAGUUCUCUUUAAAAAUUGAUGUAUCAUUUAUUUAAAUGGGAACUGUAAAAAUUUUUUCCUGCAGCCAUAGACAAAUGCAUAAGCUUUAAGAAAAUAUAUCAUUUUACUGAUUUUGAUAUCUGGUUAAUAAGUUUUAUUGGCUACACUUAUUUUUAAGUUAAGCAGGCACGCGUGAUAUUUUAACUGGCUAGGAAGUUGCCUAUCUCUGUUAUCUAUGUCUCUGAUAUGUGUAAUCAUAUAGUUAUAUAUAUAUAUUAUUUUAUCUGUUCUUGAUUUUUAUUGCAAUACAAUAAAUUUUUAAAAAUCUUAA